AAAGCUAAUCUGAAGACAAAAAGUGUGGUCAAUUUCACAGGUGAAACAAUACGGUACGCAUGGAUUUCUCUUUUUUCAGAGCUUUUAAAAUGCCUGACCUGUUGAAUCUUUUCAUAGCCAUAACCGAUUGGCAAUUAUACAGUUUGGAAGAAUGAAAUUUGUAGGAUCCUCAUCUCUGCUGUGUUAUCCCAAGAAAAUGUUAGAAAUUGGAUCAGGUCCUCCUCCAUUAGAACAAAUUGAGGCCAAUCUCAGUUACUGGUUUGCUCAGCAACCAACAAUUUCCCACUUCAGAUGGGACCAUAACAUCUGGGGAUCCUCCAUUGUGUUUCUUGCCCACUCCAUUUUCAUCUACCUCUUUCUUGUUCUGUUCCUCAAUCUGGUCAUGAAAUUGAGGAUCAAGCCUCUGCCUUUGGACCGAAUCUCUUCAAUCUAUAAUUCUCUCAUGCUGGUCAUGUCUGUGAUUGUUUUAGUUGGGUGUCUGGAGGCCACUGUGGAGGAGAUAAAAGAGAUGAAAUGGCUAAGGAGAAAGAACAGUGGAGUAGAAUUAAUGGUGUGUUUUCCUCUCGGAACUCGUUCUGCAGGAAGGGUUUUCUUCUGGUCUUAUGUUUUCUACCUCACCAAAUACUAUGAGCUGUUGGAUACAUUCAUCAUGAUUUUGGGGAAAAAGUCUGUGAAAUUCCCUCAAAUCUUGAGCACCACAGUGCCCAUAUUUGUGUGUUUCUUCUGGUUGGAAUUCUCCCAGUCUCUUCAGAUUCUAUGCAUCCUGACCAACACUGUUAUGAAUGUGAUCUUAUGCUCUGAUUUUUUCAUUCGGGGCAACAGGGGAUUGAAUUGCUCCCCUCGUAGAACGAAUCUUGCAGCCUACUGCAGAAUGGUUGAGCUGGGUGUGGCAUAUUCAGGGAGUAUUUGGGUGGUUUGGUUACAUAUGAGGAAACAAGGCUGUAAUGGAAUGGUGGGCUGCCUGUUGAAUGCAUUCUGCAGCGCCAUUCUGUUUCUUCUUUUUAUCAGAUUCCAGAAACAGGGCCAAACGAAAAACCAGUCAAGAUCUGCCUAAGAAGAAUGGAUUACAACAUGAAGGGUAACAGUCAUGGAAUCUUAAGACUUGUCUGUGAAUUUCACCAUGUAAAGGAGAUGCCCUCGUAAUUUUUUCCCUGGAUUGGAGACGAUAAAUCCUGAUUUUUUUUCAAAAUGUGAAGAGAACACGCAACAAUUCAUCAAAUUGUUUCCUUCAGGAACUCGUCUAGGAUUUCUUGUAAAGAUAUUCCACUCUUAUCCGAUUUGAGAAAGAGUUGCACAGUUUUAAUUUCUCUCCAUUCAAUGAUUCAUUUUAAUUAGAAUUGGUCACAGAACUGGUCUCCGACCACAUAUGGCAGCUGUUAUCUGGUCUGCGGCAUAGUUUUCCCAUUUCAAAAUGGUCUUUUUCAAGAUUACUCUUUUUCAUUCAAAAUUUAAAAAGAUGUAAGUGAAAUAACCAACUUUCAAUGGGGGCCAUUUAUUUUCCAUACAAAAUAGAAUUUGAUCAAAAAUAUAAAAUCUGCAAAUCAUAACAGAUUUUUAUGUGAUUUCUAUUGGUUCGAUCCUCUUAAUCUGUCCUCUUAAUGCUGUAAAAAUGCAAAAAAAUUGCUGAAAAACAAUUGUGUUACGCAAAUUUGUAUUUUUGAUAAGUGUUG